GUGUGUUAGGAUGGCCCCGGGUCUCCUCCACGCUGUGCCGGGGCUGCUGCCGAGGGAGGAAAACGUGGCAGAUAAAACCCACCCCGGCCGCCGGAGCGAGCGGCGCGGGAUGCUGCUCACGCCUGCUGCCUAGUCUGGGAUGCGGCUGCUUCCCCCUGCGCUCGGCUCAUCCCCGGGGCGAGCCUGGCUCGGAGGGGUCACCCCAGGUUUGUCCGUGAAGGCACCAAUGGAAAUGGGGAGCAGCAGCACGGAGAAGUUUUAUAGGAUCCCUGAAGGAAAGGGCCCGCACUCGGUUGGAUGUACAGACCUGAUGACUGAAAAUGCAGUUGAGGGAAGCUUCUUGCGCCUGUAUUAUCCAUCAUGCAAUGCCACAGAUAACGAAGAGGCACCAUGGAUUCCAGAUAAAGAGUACUAUCAGGGACUCUCUGACUUCCUUAAUAUGUACCGAGUUGUAGGAGAAAGGCUUUUCCAGUACUACGUUGGUUCAGUGACCUGUCCUGCAAAGUCAAAUGCUACUUUUAAGCCGGGAGAAAAAUACCCACUCCUCGUUUUUUCCCAUGGACUUGGAGCUUUUCGGACGAUCUAUUCUGCUAUUUGCAUCGAGAUGGCUUCCCAGGGCUUUAUAGUGGCUGCUGUGGAGCACAGAGAUGAAUCUGCUUCAGCGACGUAUUAUUGUAAAAAAAAGUCAAUUUCUGAACGACAGGAAGAGUCUACAUCAAACAUGGAGAAGGAGUGGAUCUACUACAGGAAACUAAAAACUGGCUCUGCCCCAACUUCUCUUUCUCCCCAGGUGCAGCAAAGAGCGCAGGAGUGUAUCAAAGCUGUCAACCUCAUUCUUAAAAUCAAUUCAGGAGAGGAAGUAAUGAACGUACUAAAUUCAAACUUUGACUGGAAUAGCUUAAAGGAUUCUGUUGAUACUAGCAGAAUAGCUGUGAUGGGACACUCUUUUGGUGGUGCUACAGUUAUUGAAAGUCUCAGCAAAGAAAUAAGAUUCAGGUGUGGCAUUGCCCUCGAUGCAUGGAUGCUUCCAGUAGGUGAUGACAUUUACCAAAACAGCGUCCAGCAACCGCUGCUUUUUAUCAACUCUGAAAAAUUCCAGUGGGCUGACAAUAUCUUAAAGAUGAAAAAACUCAGCUCCAAUGACACAAACAAGAAAAUGAUCACUAUCAAGGGGUCAGUACAUCAGAGCUUUCCUGACUUUACCUUCGUGAGCGGAGGAAUCAUUGGAAGAUUUUUCAAAUUAAAAGGAGAAAUAGAUCCAAAUGAAGCUAUUGAUAUAAGCAAUCAUGCUUCAUUAGCCUUCCUGCAGAAACAUUUGAGUCUUAAGAAAGAUUUCGAUAAGUGGGAUUCUCUUGUGGAUGGCAUAGGACCCAAUGUUAUUCCUGGUACCAAUAUUGACUUAUCUCCAGCUGAACUGGAAUAAGGAAUACAAAGAAAUACUGAAAAUGCCACGGACAUCAGGACACUAAUGUUGGCCAGACAUUGCUCAGAACUGUGAUAGCGUUGGCCACCUACACAGCUUUUGGGGUAUGGAACAAAAAAAAGAUAAGGCAUGAGGUUACAUUAUCAUGAAACUGUGGAGAGGUUUUAGUUCAAAUGAGGUAGUGGGAUUCUCUGAAAUACUGCAACAGGGUAACUUCUGCUUUAUAGGCAGCUGGGGGAAAAAAAAAAUAAAUCACGUGAUGGUCAUUUAAAGGCUUUUUCUAGUUUUGACUUAGAAUCAAGUUUGCAGAGAGAGAGAUUAAGCUCCCAGGAAUUCAACUAAAGUUCUGCUUACCAAGCUUGAAGUCAGUUUGCAUCCAGCAAGCCUUUUCUGCAGUGUAAGAAAAAAAAUACAUCAAUCUUUAAUUUGUUAUUAAACUACUUAGUAUUUCAGCUGUGCUCUAACAACAGUUGAGAGUUGGAACAGGUUUUUUUCUCCUUCUAGUUAGAAAGGUGCCAGUGGAAGGUCUUCAGAACUGUCUUAUUUUAAUAAGAAUCACAGCAAAAGCUACAGGAAAUAGUUUAAGGUAACAGCAGAGAAAGGUGUUUGUUCAGACACAGGACUUCUCAUGUGAACUUAAUCCACUUACAUUUAAGAUCUGUAUUUACUGCCAUAUUCAGAGGAUGUUUCUAUUCCAAAAGCUGCUGAAAUGGUCACUCUUGUUGUAGCAACUGUAAUUCCCCUUAGGCAAAGCUCCAAGCAGUGCCUCUCUUGUUAAUCUCUGUAUUACCACUGUUGUAGGUGAAAUUACAGAAGAGAUGCGUCACUUCUACCACUCCCUUUAAAAAGGGGUAUGUAAGCAUUGCUUGAUCAUCUUGAUGUCUCUCAUGGUUAUAACACUCUCCAGACACUCGUCUUUGUCCAGGUACUAGCAUUGCUGUCUGUGUCUGUCAGUAGAAGCCGUUGACUACGUGGUUGGCCAAAGAAGGCUCCGAUUUUUAGAACAAAACUCUUUGAAGUUGCCACAUGGAAGGCUGACUUCUAAAUGAGUAAGUCAGUCUUGCAAAAGGGGGACUACUUCUAACUGUAGCCUAUUUGUUUCAAAAUUAGGUUACAAACAAAACAACUGAAGCAAGCAGAACAAGCAGAGCAGUUAACGGUGUAAUUAAACAUUUAUAUAAUCUGUGAUCUUAACAUGAGAUUGCAACAACGUCUAAGACUUGUUUUUCAGAAUUUAAUUAAAUUCUCUCCAGCCUACCAUCGUGCAUGUUGAUUCCCUUAAUAGAGACAAUACAAGUGUUUCUCUUACCGAGUGAGCACUAACACUUGAGGUCUACUGUGAUACUCAGCCAGACUAUUACAUUGUCAGAGAUCUUGGGUUCCUAAAACAUUACGGCAGCAUGAAAAAUCCAUAGCCUCUGAAGAGGAGGAAGAACCUAUGCUAUACAGGAGCAUGGAACAGGACUGGAAAAUAGAAACCCCUUUUCAACACAAGGUGGAGAAUAAACGGUGAGAUAAGCUGCAUCUGUUUUAAGGAGAAGUCCUUACCACACUGUACACAUGCAGCAGCAAAACCAUUCUACUAGGUCUGCUUCAUCGUCAUAGGAAAAGCUUCAUCUUUCCUUAGUGCAAUUAAGGCCAUGUCAUAAAUACAAGUUCUAUUUUGUACA